AUGGGCGAGCAGCUGCCAGCCACCAGCGCUGAUGAGGUCUCAGGUGUCACAGAGAAAUCUGCCGGAAGUGCUUCCGAUGAGAGCGAGAGCGAAGAGGUGAAGUUUGACUAUUACGCAGUGUUGGAUUUCGAAUGCACCUGCGACAAGGGCACCACCGAAAGGAAGUUCAGGCACGAGAUCAUCGAGUUCCCAGUGGUGUUCUUGAACUCUGAAACCUUGGAGGUGGAUUUGGAAUUCCAUCGCUAUGUGCGACCCACUGAGAAACCUCAGCUGACGGAGUUCUGCAUUGAGCUCACCGGGAUUCAGCAGUCGUGGGUCGACAAUGUGAUUUGA